AUGUCGCAGAGCACAGUGCAUUCCUCACUGCCCACGCUGCCAAACGUGGCGUUGUUUGGAAACGCCGUCCAAGGAAAGCGCGCCAAGACCCAUGAUCCCAGCCUGGCCCGAUCCCAGAUGGAGAUGGCCGAGUACAAAAGUAAAAGGCCGGCGGCGCAGCAUCCCACCGGUGGCAAAAGCAAACAGCCACAGGAGCACGACGAGUCCUGUCAAUGGCUGCCUGCCACGCUGACGUCCAGUCAUGGACCUUGCGUGCCGCCAUUGUCCAUGGCUGCGAUCCACACAAAGAGAUCGUGGCGACACCCAGCCUCGGUGGUCUGUUGGAACGGCUGGCGGAACUGGGACUUCUCUGCGGCUACGAAUUCCGUCUGCGCCUGGGAGCAACAGCCGGCGUGGACAGAUCGGACCACGCCCCGAUCGAUGGGAAUCUCCGCACAGAGACGCCUCACGCCAGGAGCUUCCUCUCGCAGCGUCUACACUGAAAACGCGACAGUCGGGGCUGCCAUGGGCUCCUCGGCUCGAACGAACAGCACGGCACCUCCAAAUUCUCGACGAGACGCACUUCUCUUGGGCAAAUCGAUGCAGGUGGCCUGCAUGUCACUGAGCAAGUGGUUCUCCGGAGCUGCUGGGCAACUGGUCGUAAUGACCGGGAUCCUCGUCAGCAUCGAUGUCACCCCGAGAGGCCCCCACCCAGGCGUGCCCAAUCUCAUCGAGGACGGAAGCCCCGUUCUCGGAAAUGGAUCUGGGCUGCGUUAUCCUGGCCCCCACUUCCAGACGGCCGGCCCCAGCUCCGCCUCGGCAAGCGAUGCCGGGCACAAGUACGGAGGAUGGUUGACCGCUAGCCCACUCGGUUCGGGGCUCCCAUCGGCGUGCGCCAUGGUCAACUCGCCCAACUACACACUACAUUUGCCAGCUGGAGUGAUGAGCACGCUGAGCAAGCGCAAGAUGGAUUGGACCCUCCACAACGGUGUACUGCCUGCGGCGGCCGUGAGAUGCAACUUGCGCACGCUCGCCCAUACCGAGCGCUGCGUCUGCUCUGCUGCCCGGCGCUUUUGGGCCUCCUCCCUCCUCUUCUCGCCGUGGGCCACACGCUGCCGUCAGGCUUGA